UUUCAACGUGUAGAAAAUAUAUGCGAGUCGGAAAUACGGGAACAAUAUGCGCCGUGAGAAAGCUUGAAUCAACGGACGAAUACUGCUAUAUUUAGUUGAUAUAUGACUAUUGAAUUCUUUAUUUUCAGGUUGACCAGAGAUGAAGCAGAGGUAGCAAGUGUGGAGGAAGCUGCUGUGUAGUUGUAGUGAAUUAUUAGAAAGAAUUCUGACAAGGAGAAGGAGGAGAAAGAUAAGAAGGAGUGCAUUCCCCCCAGUAGGAUUACUCUGAUGGUGUGACGGAGAAGAAGGAGGAGGAGGAGGACUUGAUUCUCACAGAGAGGGCUGAUAGUAGCCAAUAAAACACACAGUCAUCAUGGUGCUGUCACAGAGGCAGAGAGAAGAACUAAAUAAAGCUAUUGCAGAUUACUUGCGUUCAAAUGGCUAUGAGAAAGCACUUAUGGAAUUUCAGAAAGAGGCUGAUAUGCCUGACGAAGUAGAAAGAAAAUACAAUGGUCUGCUGGAGAAGAAAUGGACCUCGGUAAUCAGAUUACAAAAGAAAGUUAUGGACUUAGAAAUGAAGCUGAACGAGGCGGAGAGAGAAUUCAGCUCGGGAGGUCCUAACAGGGACAAGCGUUCACCGACAGAAUGGCUCCCCAGACCCCCAGAGAAGUACUCUCUGAGCGGUCAUCGCAGCCCUAUCACAAGGGUCAUCUUUCAUCCCGUCUACAAUGUCAUGGUCUCGUCAUCGGAAGAUGCCACUAUUAAAGUAUGGGACUAUGAAUCGGGAGAUUUUGAGCGUACGAUGAAAGGACACACAGACUCAGUUCAAGAUAUAUGUUUUGAUCACGCAGGCAAGAUGCUUGCUUCCUGCUCUGCUGAUAUGACGAUCAAGCUGUGGGAUUUCACCACCUUUGAAUGUAUGAAGACCCUCCACGGCCACGACCACAACGUCUCCUCCAUCAGUUUCCUAUCGUCAGGAGAUCAUCUAGUCUCAUCCUCCAGGGAUAAGACCAUCAAACAGUGGGAAGUAUCCACUGGAUAUUGUGUGAAGACAUUUACUGGUCACAGAGAGUGGGUUCGUAUGGUGAGACCAAGUCCAGAUGGAUCUCUUCUGGCUAGUGCUUCUAACGACCAGACUCUACGUGUUUGGGUGGUAGCCACCAAGGAGUGUAAGCUGGAGCUACGAGAGCAUGACCAUGUGGUAGAGUGUGUCGCCUGGGCUCCAGAAACAGCAUACCCCACCCUCAAUGAAAUCAAAGGAGUAGAGCUGAACAACUAUGAUGGUCUAGAGAAGAAAGGAGCUCGCUCUACUCCAUUCUUGGUGUCUGGUUCACGUGAUAAGGCCAUUAAGAUCUGGGAUGUGAGCGCUGGAGCAUGCAUCAUGACUCUGACUGGACAUGAUAACUGGGUGAGAGGAGCCGUGUUUCACCCUGGCGGCAAGUUCAUCAUCAGCGUGGCCGAUGACAAAACAUUACGUGUGUGGGACUACAAGAACAAACGCUGUGCAAAGAAAAUGCUGGCCCAUGAGCACUUCACUACUUCGCUAGAUUUCCAUCGGUCGGCCCCGUACGUGAUAACAGGCAGUGUGGAUCUAACUAUCAAGGUCUGGGAAUGCCGUUGAUGACCGACGGACCGUCAUCGUUAAAAGCAACCCUUCUCCCACCUCAGUUUAUCCUGGAUAUGCUCUGUAACCAACUAUGUCACCUUCACUCCUCUUCUCUUUACUCUCUCCUGUAUGAUGAGGCAAUGCAUAGCCAGCCAGCGAGUCACCCACCAAGCAGGGUGACUGACUAGGCAAGUCAGGGUGGAAUGCAUACAGGGAGACCUUAUCACAAAGCAUCUGUUGUAUGUCGGCGCAUGAAUGGUAAUCAUAUUGAAGCACAAGUUCGUUGAAGCAACUAUAAUAUUUGAUAAACGCUCAUCAGCUCAUUAAGCUAACAUAGCAUAUAUUUAGGACAGAACACCAUUUAGAAAGCAUUAUUUUUCUCUUUUUAGUUCUACAUUUCAGCAGAUUAGAGGUAUGCACAAAUGAUCUUAAUUAGUAAGAAAUCUAAUAUUGAAGUUACAAUGAUCAUACAAUUGAUGUACAAUGUACCAAGUGCUUCACAUAUAUCCAUAUUUGCUCUCUAAACAUUCAUGUUGACGUAUCGACAAUGCCGGACUGGAGAGGAGGAGCUGAAGAAGACAAUUUUAAGGCGUGUUUAAAAAAAAAAGAAGAUGAUUAUUUUUGUUGCAAUACUGCUAUUCAGGAAUAUUUGUUCAGCAUAUGCAGUCAACAAUGAGUGAGGUUCUUAGGAUAUUAGUGAGACUGUAAGGAAGGAGGAUUUAGUAUUUGGAGAGGAGUAGCUUGUGCGUUUAAUUAUGCUUCUUAUGCAUCAUGUAUCUAACGUGAAUGAGUUUACGAAGCGUGCGAAAUUGGCAACACUAUUUGGACUAUUAUAUUAUGCUAUGAUAUAACUAUUACGAGCUGCACUCAUUAUUGUAGUCGACCAUUUUGAUUUCAUAUGUAUAUCUUUAUUUCACUAGAACCUGUCCGUUAUGAAGGACACCCUCUUGUGGUUCGCAUUGUCCAUCUGUCUACAAGUCAAAAGUCUCUUUAUUUUUAUUAUGCAGAACUACUGUAGAGCCAAUACAUUUUGGACAGGAUGUUUCGUGUAGCACAUAGCCUAAACUGUUAGUCAUUGAUUGGGGCUUGAUGUAAAGUUUACAGUGUGAAUACAAGAAAAUGACAAACGCUAUCAUUAUUAAAUCUAAACAGUCAUAUUCAGCAGCUCAGCAAUUUCAUGUGAAUUCUGCGUCGGUGAAAGUGGAGCCUUGUCAUGUGAUGAUAUUAUUACGCUCUGUCCGAUCAACGUAUCACUUGGUUAAUCGAUGUAUAUAUGAAGUAAUAUUGAAUAUUGAAUGGUUACCAAAUUGCUGUAUAAAAAGCACAGAAUUCUAAAUUUAAUUGGAGAGUGGUCUCUGAUAAGAUUUGUAGACACAGGUAGUCUGUGACUUGUAGAAUAGCUUUUAGAGCUAGUGUAAUGUAAUGUAUGUGUGAAUGAAUGAAUGUAGUACAUGUUUCCACAAAGAAUAUCUCUCAUCCCUCCUAUAAAUAUAUAGUUAUGAUGGUCUGUACCCAUUGACUAUGAAAAUGUGUGUAUUUGUGUCUUUUAGGGGGGUGCACGCCCCCGAAUGGCAUACUAUUUGCAUACCAUUGUAUAGAUUACGUGCAGGACAGUCCAUGGUAUGAUCCGAUUAAUUGAAAGGAUACACGUAGGUGCAGAUGUCGCGUUAUUGAUGGAACUAUAUUGUAAGUUAGUCAGUUAGAUAUUUAUGGCGGAAUACACACCUUGCAUUCAUCUUCUUUAUGCGACACCUGCUUCCAAAUCUACUCUUAAAAGAUAGCAGAGUUUCUUACAGUAUGGACAACACCAUUCAUGAUCCCGGUUUAUUGCGUUGCUGGAAUCUUUGAUGAAUAUAAUGAGGUGGGCAUUAUCUAGGAUUGAAUCUUAUGUUUAGUAAUUCAGCGUGAAAUCGUCAUCGUCUAGGAAUUUGACAAUAUGCAUGUUGACUCUACCCAUGUAAACUUUUUGUAGAAAUGAAGUGUGUAUCAGUACACAAUUUAUUAUUAAAAUGUGUGUAGAGGUGUCGUCAAGGGGUUUAAACACUUGUCGGGAGAUGCAGAGGUCGUGGGUUCAAUCUCCGGCACUGCACUUGUGUUGUUACGCAAGGCAUUUAAUCUACAUUGCUUCUCUCCACCCAGGUGUUCAAUGGGUACUCACUAGGAUACCGUAGGAAUGAUAGUCUGGUUAGAUUAGCAUGUGUGUGCUUUUAAAAUGGCGCCUGGCUGGAAUACUACCCAGGAAGUGGAGGGUGUGCAUUACCAUGUGCGGAAUAGAAAAUAAAUCCCAACGAUCGGGAUAAUGAAAAUUACUAUGUAAAGCGCUUAGAAACGUAUAUUGAGCGCCUAUUGUAACCUAUUCUUCAAAAGUCAUUUGAAUUUUGACUUCCAACCCAUUCCUGCUGUGUUGUUCCUGUGGACGAAUGAAUGAAAAACCAAUAGAUAUAUUUGCUAUCAUAUCUGCCUUCAUGGUAUUAAGUUGCCUUGCUACCUGUUGUAGUUAUUACAGUAAUGUGCAUGCAGUUUAUAAGUUGGAUAUAUUUAAGGACACUAAUCACGAGGGCUUUUAUUUAUAUUAACAUAUACAUGUAUAUUUUUUUUGUAUUUCAGAGAGUGAGAAAGAGUUGCAUUAGUCCUACAUAUCUUGCUAGAUCUGUUUCUAGAUCUGUUUCUAGAUCUGUUUUCGAGAUCUGUUUCGUUUCAGUAAAUUCACAUUUGAUUUCAGGUGUCAGUCAGUACUUGCAACCUCAUUAGAUAUCGUGAAACACAGACCCCAUGUUCAUGUUUACCUUGUGGAAAAUGUACCCUGGAUCCCCUUUUUUGUCGAUCAUAAUGUUAUGUUUUGAUAUCAUUGCUGUAAAAAGAAAAUCAGAGGAUAUUUUUUUCAUGCACACAAUUAAAUAUAAAUAUUACAGUAUGAUUAUGCCAUAGUUAAUGUGAUAUCAUUGUCCCUGUUCGACCUUAGAGAUUGGUAGAUUUAGGAGUAGCUCACUGCACCAUCAACUUUGUGGCUUUCAUGCAAUAAGUUAAUCAGCUGUAAAAUUUUACAGAAUGUUGAGAUUAAAUACCAUAUAGGCAUUAGGUUUGUGAAUCUUAAUACAUGUAUCAUCUGGUUACUGCAAUGUCGGUAUAUUUUUGAAAAAUGAAUAUGUUGCAAGUGGAGGAAAUAAAAACACAUCAGUGCGUUUAAUCUCAGAUACAAGUAUAUAGUAUUUGGGUGAAAAAAUAUGAUGGUAUAGUUUGUUUUUUAAUAAAGCAGUAUAUGUUUGGGGUUAUUAUCAGAAGCAUGAAAUUCAUGGGGAUCAUGCAUGUAUGUCUUCAACGUUCAACGCAAACUGGUAUUUCCGGUGAUUGAGUUCGUGUGGGGAAUUUGCAAUUUGUAUGAUAAACUGAUAUGUAAAAAAAAAAAAGAGGAAAUGGGAAUUUACUAACAUACAUACAUGUAAAUGU